CGCCCUCAGCCAGUCAGCGCUGGAGACGGGAGCGGGGGGCGGGGCCUCGGACGAGCGCUGCCCGCGCCUUCUCCCGGGCUGGGGUGACACCGGGAGCGGCGCCGGUCCCUUUCCCGCCGUGCGCUGCAUCGGGAGGGGGCCCGGCAGACCCGCAAGCCCCCCGCUCUCGGCGCGCUCCCSGUUCCUGCCGCGCCAGCGGUGCACGGGCGCGGACACGGGCGGUGGGAUCCUCCCGCCGGCAGGGGGCGCGGCGGCGGGCGCCACUCUGCUCCGCGCCCGUGAGCAGCGCGGAGUCGCUGGGAGACCGAGCGCCGCCAUGGAGGCGCGCGCCGCGGGCUGCGGCCUGCUCAGCGUUACCGGCGCGGAGGUGCGGGCCGGCCGGCGAGAGCCGUGUGUUCUCGGCCUGGAGCGGCGGGCCGGCCGCUACGGGAUCGUUAUUCGCUCCCAGGAGAAAGAAAACUCUGAUCCGGAUUACAUUCCCAUCAACAGCCGCUUUAAAUGUGUGCAAGAGGCAGAAGAAACUCUGCUGAUUGAUAUAGCAACAAACACAGGCUGCAAGGUCCGGAUACAGGGUGACGAGACACCAGAGCGGCUCUUCGAGAUCCCUGACGAGGAGCACUGCUURGGGUUCCUGUCGGAAGUGCAGAGCAUACAGGAAGCCCACCUGAAAGCRUCUCUUCCCGAAUCUAAGGACUCAGCCAUCUGGCAUCAGGUGGAGAAAAGCCUCACAGGUCUAUCGCAGGCCUCCUCUCCAGGAGCUCUGGGGUUUGAGGAUGACUUCAACACUCUGAGCCUAGAGGAGAAAAGAAACAUGCAAAACCACCAAACGGGAUCUCGGCGGGAGCCCCCGCCUCCUCCUGUCCCUCCAAAUAAGCAAUUUCACCAAGAAAGAGAAGGUACAUCCAGAGAGCAGCCCAAGGUGACCAACACAAUGCGCAAGAUGUUUUUUCCCAGCACGCAGUCAGGGCAGAGAGAGGGGCUCAUCAGAUACGUGCUGGCCAAGAGGGAGAAGGCCUACAUCAACCUUCACAACUUCAGGUUCUUUGUGGGAACGUGGAAUGUGAAUGGGCAAUCUCCUGACAGCCUCUUGAAUCCGUGGCUGGUGUGUGACAUGGAGCCUCCAGACUUCUACUGCAUUGGGUUCCAGGAGCUGGACCUCAGCACGGAGGCCUUUUUCUACUUUGAUUCUACGAAGGAGCAGGAGUGGCUGGCUGCUGUGGAGAGGGCCCUGCACCCUAAGGCCAAAUACAAGAAAGUGCAAAUGGUCCGCCUAGUUGGGAUGAUGUUGCUCAUAUUUGCUAAGAAGGAUCAUCUGAGCAAUAUCAGAGAGAUUGUGACAGAGUCUGUGGGCACAGGAGUCAUGGGAAAGAUGGGCAACAAGGGUGGUGUGGCCAUCAGGUUCAUGUUCCACAACACCACCUUCUGUAUCGUCAACUCCCACCUGGCUGCCCACGUGGAGGACUUCGAGCGCCGAAACCAGGACUACAAGGACAUCUGUGCCCGGAUGAGCUUCAUCAUCCCCAAUGAGAGCCUGUCUGAGCUCAACAUCAUGAAGCACGAUGUUGUCAUCUGGCUGGGAGACCUGAACUACAGACUGUGUCUGCCAGAUGCAAGUGAAGUGAAGAAUCUCAUCAGCAAGAACGAGCUUCAGAAGCUACUGACAUAUGACCAGCUGAAUAUUCAGCGCACUCAGAAGAAAGCAUUUGCWGAUUUCAUGGAGGGAGAUAUUAAAUUCAUCCCCACGUAUAAAUAUGACUCUAAAACAGAUCGCUGGGACUCCAGUGGGAAGUGUCGUGUGCCAGCAUGGUGUGAUCGGAUCCUUUGGAGAGGAGGCAACAUCAACCAGCUCCGGUACUGCAGUCACAUGGACCUCAAGACCAGUGACCACAAGCCCGUCAGCGCCCUUUUCCACAUUGGGGUGAAGGUUGUGGAUGAACAGAAGUAUCGGAAGCUAUUUGAAGACAUUGUUCGUCUCAUGGACAGGAUGGAGAAUGACUUUCUUCCCUCGCUGGAGCUGAGCAGGAGAGAGUUCGAGUUUGAGAAUGUGAAGUUCCGUCAGCUGCAGAAACAGAAGUUCCAGAUUACCAAUAAUGGGCAGGUCACCUGUCACUUCUCCUUCAUCCCAAAGCUCAACGACCGCCACUACUGCAAGCCAUGGCUUCGGGCUGAGCCYUGUGAAGGUUACCUGGAGCCAAGUGAGAGCACAGAAAUCUCCCUGGAUGUGUACGUCAGCAAGGACUCAGUCACCCUGCUGAACUCUGGCGAGGAUAAAAUCGAGGAUAUUCUUGUGCUGCACUUGGACCGAGGGAAGGACUAUUUCCUGACCAUCAGUGGGACCUACCUGCCCAGCUGCUUUGGCACCUCACUCGAGGCCUUGUGCCGAAUGAAGCGACCGAUCAGAGAAGUUCCAGUCACCAAACUCAUAGACCUGGAGAAAUCCAUCCUGCAGAUGGGCUCCCUGGACAGUGAGGAGGCAAAUGAAGCGCCAUUGCAGGUGCCAAAAGAGAUCUGGCUCUUGGUGGACCACCUGUUCAAGUAUGCCUGCCACCAGGAGGACCUGUUCCAGACUCCAGGCAUGCAGGAAGAGUUAGAGCAGAUCAUUGACUGCCUGGACACCAGCAUUCCUGAGACAAUCCCGGGCAGUAAUCACUCUGUGGCUGAAGCUCUCCUCAUCUUCCUGGAGGCCCUGCCGGAGCCUGUCAUUUGCUACGAGCUAUACCAGCGMUGCCUGGACGUGUCCCACAGCAGCCGGCUGUGCCAGCAGGUGAUCCUUCAGCUGCCGAGCUGCCACCGCAACGUGUUUCGGUACCUAAUGUCCUUCCUCCGUGAGCUGCUCAGGUACUCGGAGGACAGCAAUGUCACUGCCACCAUGAUUGCCGCCCUAUUCUCCAGUCUCCUCCUGCGCCCUCCACCCAACCUGAUGGCCAGGCAGACCCAGCAGGACCGCCAGCGUGCCACCAACUUCAUCYACAACUUCCUGCUCACUGGGGACGAGGAAUGACUCCUGCUAUGUGCCAAAGGCGGGGCCCUCAGCUCCGAGGGGUAAAGGCUCAAAGCUCUGCAAGUGCCGUGUUUGCAGUCAAAAGGGACAUGCUCCCCCUCCUCACCGUGCCAUACCCCAUGCUGCAGAGGACCUGCACGCUCAUUGCACUGCCAUCCGCCACUGCAGGCUCUCUGCAGAAACCAGGUGGAUCUGUCGAUACCCAAGCACUGUGCCAGCACCUAUUGUCCCAUGGCACUGUCGCCAGUUCUUCAAGUCACGCUUCUCCCCAUGUCACCCCUAUCUCCUACGAGCUGCUGUGAAGGGUAGGGAUGGCCUCUCGGAGGCCGUGGCACACUGCGUCCCUCCAGUGCCAGGUACGARUGCUGGUGCCUACACCACCCCAGAUUGGUGUGGGACAUGUGCCACCCUUUGCCACACAGCCUUGCCAGCCCUGAUGCCAUUGCUAUGCUAUGGACCGUGCUCACACAGGAAGGUUGUUUGGAUGUUUGGCCUCCCCCCUUCAGCAGGGCCUUCCCCCCUCCCCUCCCUCCCAAGGCACAGAGCCCUGGCACACGGGUYUGUCCCUGCACCCCKCAUUCUGCCCUCACUCUCCUCUCCYUUCCCUGCCCCACCUUCCCUCGGGGACACAGGAUGGUGGGUAGUUCAUAGGGACCAGGGUCAGGCAGGGCCACGAACUGCCCUCUGUUCCUCCUGGGCUGUCCUGUGCAUCUUGAGCAGGAUGGGACCCCUGUCCCUCCAGCCCAGUCUACAGCAUUGGGUUAGGACAGGCUGGAUGACCAGCUGCAUUGGAUGGGGUCCCUUCUCUCCUCCCUGGCAUGCUAGCAGAGGGUGCAGGUUUGGGGGACUGAAAGGAGGCAGAAAUGCUACUUGGGGGCCAGAGGAGCAGUUGGAGGGCCGUGCYGGGUGGCUGCAGUGCAAGGGUCAAACAUAGCUGGGGAGGGGACAGCCCUGGGGCUGGUGACAGAGGGUCCCAGAGUGGCCUGCCCCCCUGAAACACUAAGAGGCCUGUGGGGCCAUGUGGCCUCAGCUGAGGGAGGCCAGAGCCAGUGCUUGGGCAUAGCCCAGUGUGUCGUGUGACCCUGCGGUCCCCGUGCACUGCCUGAGCUACCGCGGGCUCCCCUCCCUUCUGCCUUUUGCUUAAAAUUUUUUAAUUAUAUAAUUUAUUGGGAAAGUGUUCCAAAUAAACCUCCAUGGUGCAAGGCCUGGGGGCUGCGCCGGGUACACCUGCCCUCCCUCACGCAGCUCUGCGCCACGACGGAACCCUGCCGGAGCUCCAGGCUUGCUCCGGGGGCAGCUGAGGGCUGGGUUCUCCCACAGCCACUCCAGCAGCACGCUGGGCACAGCUGGRGACAGUGGCAGAGGGUUCUGUGCCACCGGUUCGUGCUGGUUGAGCUGCUGGAUGCGCUGCUGAUGUGCUGACACCAUGCAGCAUGGUGCCAGUGGCCCAUCCAGCAGUGGUGGCACGUGGGCAUGGAGAUGGCACUGCAUCCGUCCAGGGUGGUGAACACUGCCAGCAGCAGGGUGCUGGUGCCUGUGCAUGGCACAUGGCGUUGGCAGCCCUGAGCAGUGAUGCCUGCAGUCCCCAAGGCCCUGCUGGGCCAGCGAGGGGAGCAGUGGUGGAGAAAGCCYGCACGUCCUGCAGCAGGAAACGGCAGCCAGUGUCAUCUCCAUCUGCUUCCUGCUGGCUCCUUGGGAGCUGGGCUGUGCCUGGGCAGCUGCUCCUGCGCUGUCACCGAGGGGACCAGCACAAGGUGCCGGUAUUGUUCCCGCAGCCACCGCAUUCCUGCCACUGCCGGCGGAAAUGCCGAAGUGAGAGCAAAGGCCCGAUGCUCCCCGGGGAUGGGUUAAAGCCUUGGCCUGCCCAUCUUUCUCAGAAGGGCACAGGGAUUCUUACAUGGAGGCUGUUGGGGUGCAGCUCCCGAGGUCUCACACGUGCACCAGCCCACCGUGAACACAGGCACUGAGGGAUGCUGGUGGCAUCCAGGUGGUGGGRCUGGAGGAGCUGGUGGUGCCCCACAGCCAUGCUGGACACCCAUUACCUAUCCUCGGUGGGCAGUGAGCUCUCCCUGUUCUCCCGGGGGGGAGCCAGGGGUCCCCCAGGAGCACAGGGCUCCUGUGGCUGCUCAGCCGCUCUACCAGCGCCCUUGACAUCCCUCUUGCCCUGCUCAGGGAGCUGGGACCCGGCAGGCCCCAACCUUGCCCUGCCAAGACAGAGCCUGCCUGCACACCCAGGGACAGCACUGCCCCAUGCCUGUUUCCUGUGUCCCUGUCCCCAGCACUGCCCUGUGCCCACUGCCUGUGACCCUGUCCCCUGCACUGCCCCGUGCUAUCUGCCUGUGACCCUGUCCCCUGUGCUG